AUGAUCAACCUCAACUGCAAGCUUCGAGCCUCGGCCCCUAACAAGACUCGCCGACGCAAAGCUCCUCUCACACCGCCGGCCAUCCCGAAUGCCCCGGGAUCGGUUCCACCAAUGCCCCGAGCCGCCUCUCCCGACGACCGCGACGCCAGCAUCGCCGCCGACCCCGCUCCAGCCGCCCCGGGCCCCCUGCUGCUGGCCCAGCCCCAGGCCGCCGCCCUGCUUUCGUCCUUCACCAACUUCCUCGCCGUGGCCAUCCACUCCAUCCUCUACUACCGCAAGCUCUACCCGCAGACCACCUUCCUCACGGCCAGGGCGUACAACCUGCCCGUCCACCAGUCCCGCCACCCGGGCGUGUGCGCGUGGAUCCAGGACGCCGUCGCCGCCGCCGCCGCCCAAGUCCGCUCCGGCUCCGUGCGCCAGAUCGCCCUGGUCGUGCACGCCCCCCGCAGUUUCCGCGUCGUCGAGCGGUGGAUCUUCGAUCUGCGGUCCUUCCCGGCCGCGUGGGGGGACGGGGAAGCGCCGCCGGCCGCCCCCCACGCUGACGACUGGAACCCCCGCGCGGAUCACGCCGCCGUGGCCGCCGACGACGCCGUCAGCAUGGCGGAUGUGCAUGAGGCUUUGAGGGGUGCUCUGAGCAGGCUGUCCGAUGCGUGCAAGCGCCGGCCCUGCCUCCCCGAAGGGUGUACCUUUACGCUAGGCGUUGAGCUGCGCGACCAGGCUUUGCCCCCAACACAUCAUCCGCAGCUUUGGAUACCCUCUCAGCCGAGUCUUCAAGCACCAUCCGGAAACAGACCCGAGCCUGGUCGAGCUCAGGGGGCCAAGUCAGUCAUGCCCGUGCGCUCUGUCCAGGCCGGGCCUCUCUUUUUCGAGUGCUGGGUAGAACACAGUAAACCCGAAACUACGUCCGACGAGGCACCUGGCUCUACAAACGAGUCGUCGGUUUAA